GCGGCGGGAAGAUGCGCUUGCGCACUGCGAGCCCUCACCAUAUGUGCCCUGUCCCAGUGCGCGGGUCCGUGCGGAGCCGGGUGCGAGAGGCGGCAGCGCGGGGCGGACGGAGCUGAGCGGAGCCCGAAGUCGGCCGGGGGACAGUGGGUCUGUGAGAGAGCGAAGAGCGGGCUUGGGGCCGCGAGCGCCGCUGUCAGGCGAUGGGGAAGAAGCAGAAAAACAAGAGCGAAGACAGUGCCAAGGAUGACAUUGAUCUUGAUGCCUUGGCUGCAGAAAUAGAAGGAGCUGGUGCUGCUAAGGAGCAGGAGCCUCAAAAGUCCAAGGGGAAGAAGAAAAAAGAAAAAAAAAGGCAAGACUUUGAUGAAGAUGAUAUCCUGAAAGAACUGGAAGAAUUGUCUUGGGAGGCUCAAGGCAUCAAAGCUGACAGAGAAACCGCGGCAACAAAGCCAACAGAAAAUAAUGAAGAAGAAUCCUUCUCAAAACAAGAUAAAAAAAAGAAAGGACAGAAAGGCAAAAAACAAAAUUUUGAUGAGAAUGAUAGUGAUGAAUUGGAAGAUAAGGAUUCAAAAUCAAAAAAGACAGCAAAACCAAAAGUGGAAAUGUACUCUGGGAGUGAUGAUGAUGAUGAUGAUGAUUUAAAAAAACUUUCUAAAAAAGCUAAAGGGAAAACUCAAAAAUCAAAUAAGAAGUGGGAUGGGUCAGAAGAGGAUGAGGAUAACAGUAAGAGAAUUAAAGAGCGUUCCAGAGUAAAUUCUUCCGGGGAAAGUGGUGAUGAUUCAGAUGAAUUUUUGCAGUCUAGAAAAGGACAGAAAAAAAAUCAAAAAAAUAAGCCAGGUCCUACUGUAGAGAGUGGGAAUGAAGAUGAAGACUCCUUCAAAAUUAAGACAGUGGCCCAAAAGAAGGCAGAAAAGAAAGAGCGCGAGAGAAAAAAGCGAGAUGAAGAAAAGGCAAAACUGCGGAAGCUGAAAGAAAAAGAAGAGUUAGAAACUGGUAAAAAGGAUCAGAGUAAACAAAAAGAACCUCAAAAGAAAUCUGAAGAGGAAAGUGUAAAAUCCAAGGUGACUCUUGAUACUGGAACAGCCCCUGCCUCUGAUGAGAAGGGAGAGGUGCCCAUAGCCGCUGAAGAUGACAAUGAAGCAGACAAAAAGAAAAAAGAUAAGAAGAAAAAGAAAGUAGAAAAGGAAGACAAAGAGAAGGAGAAGAAAAAAGGACCUAGCAAAGCCACAGUUAAAGCUAUGCAGGAAGCUCUGGCUAAGCUGAAAGAAGAAGAAGAGAGACAGAAGCGAGAAGAGGAAGAACGCAUCAAACGGCUUGAGGAGUUGGAAGCCAAGCGGAAAGAAGAGGAAAGAUUAGAACAAGAAAAAAGAGAAAGGAAAAAGCAAAAAGAAAAAGAAAGAAAAGAACGCUUGAAAAAAGAAGGGAAACUUUUAACAAAAUCUCAGAGAGAAGCCAGAGCCAGAGCUGAAGCUACCCUUAAACUUCUACAAGCUCAGGGUGUUGAAGUGCCAUCAAAAGACUCUUUGCCAAAGAAAAGGCCAAUUUAUGAAGAUAAAAAGAAGAAAAAAACUCCACAGCAGCUAGAAAAUAAAGAAGUGUCUGAGCCAAUAGAAUUAAGUGCUGCUGUAGAAGUUGUGGAACAAGGUGUACCAGAAAAAGAAGAGUCACCACCUCCUGUUGAACCAGAAGAGGAGGAAGAAACUGAGGAAGCUGGAUUGGAUGACUGGGAAGCUAUGGUCAGUGAUGAGGAGAGAGAAAAAGAAGGAAACACAGUGCAUAUAGAAGUAAAAGAAAACCCCGAGGAAGAGGAGGAAGAGGAGGAAGAGGAAGAAGAAGAAGAAGAAGAGAGUGAAGAGGAAGAAGAAGAAAGUGAAGGCAGUGACGGUGAAGAAGAGGAAGAAAAGGUGUCAGAUGAGAAAGAUUCGGUUAAAACAUUAGUUAAAAAGCCAAGUAAAGAAUUGAGCUCAGAAUCUGAAUAUGACUCUGAUGAUGAUCGAACUAAAGAAGAAAGAGCUUAUGACAAAGCAAAACGGAGGAUUGAGAAACGGCGACUUGAACAUAGUAAAAAUGUAAAUACGGAAAAACUACGAGCCCCUGUUAUUUGUGUACUUGGACAUGUGGACACAGGGAAGACAAAAAUUCUAGAUAAGCUCCGUCACACGCAUGUACAGGAUGGUGAAGCAGGUGGUAUCACCCAGCAAAUUGGAGCCACCAAUGUUCCCCUUGAAGCUAUUAAUGAACAGACUAAGAUGAUUAAAAAUUUUGACCGAGAGAACCUACGGAUCCCAGGAAUGCUGAUUAUUGACACCCCUGGCCAUGAGUCUUUCAGUAAUCUGAGAAACAGAGGCAGCUCUCUUUGUGAUAUUGCUAUUUUAGUUGUUGAUAUCAUGCAUGGUUUGGAGCCCCAGACAAUUGAAUCUAUUAACCUUCUGAAAUCUAAAAAAUGUCCCUUCAUUGUUGCACUCAAUAAGAUUGAUAGGCUGUAUGAUUGGAAAAAAAGCCCCGAGUCCGAUGUGGCGGCCACUUUAAAGAAGCAGAAAAAGAACACAAAGGAUGAAUUUGAGGAGCGAGCAAAGGCUAUUAUAGUGGAAUUUGCACAGCAGGGUUUGAAUGCGGCUUUGUUUUAUGAGAAUAAAGAUCCCCGCACUUUUGUGUCCUUGGUACCUACCUCUGCACAUACUGGUGAUGGAAUGGGAAGCCUCAUCUACCUUCUCGUCGAGUUGACGCAGACCAUGCUGAGCAAGAGGCUAGCCCACUGUGAAGAGCUGCGGGCACAGGUGAUGGAGGUUAAGGCUCUCCCAGGAAUGGGCACCACUAUAGAUGUGAUAUUGAUCAAUGGACGUUUGAAGGAAGGAGAUACAAUUAUUGUUCCCGGAGUGGAAGGGCCCAUCGUAACCCAGAUCCGAGGCCUCCUGUUGCCUCCACCUAUGAAGGAGUUAAGAGUGAAGAACCAGUAUGAGAAGCACAAAGAGGUGGAAGCAGCUCAGGGCGUGAAGAUUCUCGGCAAAGACCUGGAGAAGACGCUGGCUGGCUUACCCCUGCUGGUGGCGCACAAGGAGGAUGAGAUUCCGGUGCUUAAAGACGAAUUGAUCCAUGAGCUAAAGCAGACACUAAACGCCAUCAAGUUAGAAGAAAAAGGAGUCUAUGUGCAGGCGUCGACACUGGGCUCUUUGGAAGCUCUGCUGGAGUUCCUGAGGACGUCAGAAGUGCCGUACGCAGGAAUCAACAUCGGCCCCGUCCAUAAGAAAGACGUCAUGAAGGCCUCGGUGAUGUUGGAGCAUGACCCCCAGUACGCAGUCAUUUUGGCCUUUGAUGUGAGAAUUGAACGGGAUGCACAAGAAAUGGCUGAUAGUUUAGGAGUUAGAAUUUUUAGUGCAGAAAUUAUUUAUCAUUUAUUUGAUGCCUUUACAAAAUAUAGACAAGACUACAAGAAACAGAAACAAGAGGAAUUUAAGCACAUAGCAGUAUUUCCCUGCAAGAUGAAAAUCCUCCCUCAGUAUAUUUUCAAUUCCCGAGACCCCAUCGUGAUGGGCGUGACGGUGGAAGCAGGUCAGGUGAAACAAGGGACCCCCAUGUGUGUCCCCAGCAAAAAUUUUGUGGACAUUGGAAUAGUAACAAGUAUUGAAAUAAACCACAAACAAGUGGAUGUUGCAAAAAAAGGACAAGAAGUCUGUGUGAAAAUAGAACCUAUUCCUGGUGAAUCCCCCAAAAUGUACGGGAGACAUUUUGAAGCUACAGACAUUCUCGUCAGUAAGAUCAGCCGGCAGUCCAUCGAUGCCCUGAAAGACUGGUUCAGAGACGAGAUGCAGAAGAGUGACUGGCAGCUUAUUGUGGAGCUGAAGAAAGUAUUUGAAAUCAUCUAAUUUUUCCACAUGGGGCAAGAAUUAGAGUAAAUGCAAGAAAAAAAAACAGGAUAAAAAGUGGAAUGGACGUAUCUGGACACUGAUGCACUUAAGUACGGAAGGAAAAAAUAGAUGUAUAAAAUGUUUUCCAUGAGAAACCAAGAAACUUACACUGGUUUGACAGUGGUCAAUACCUGUCCCACAGCUCCAAGGUGCCUGUCCACAUGCCCGCUCCUUCCCCACCCUACCUGCUGCUGUUUUAAAGUUUGCCCUUCCCCAAAUUUGGAUUUUUAUUACAGAUCUAAAGCUCUUUGGAUUUUAUACUGAUUAAAUCAGUACUGCAGUGUUUGAUUAACCAAGCUUCUGCAGAUUUUGUGAUUCUUGGGACUUUUGAUGUAAGAAAUACUAUUUUAUUUAUGCAUCUCCUUCCCACAGUCAUUUUUGUCCCCACCCAUCUGCUCUUUGGAUUUUUUAAAAUAGAAAAUUAGGUAUUCUGGUAUUUCUUUAUCUGCUUUGUGUGAAACCAUGGUGUAGAGUGUAGCUGGCUGCUAUUGACUGCUUGUCUAGUCAUGAGUCCACUGUAAUCAGCACAAUUCUGAACUCCAAUAAAGAGAACAUUCACUAGAAAGCUCUGCUAGGCCUUCAUGUUAGCGUAGCUUCUCUCCCAUGAGUCUUCAGCUCUUUUCUUUUAAAGAUAAGAACUAUUUUAUGAACUGUCUCCAACCUUGUGUACCAGCACAUCUUAACAUUAGGAGUUUUUAGAUAAUAAUCUUGGUCUAUUUUGUCCUAGAAAGUCUAUCAUGCAUACAUUUUCUGAUUAGAAAACGGAACUGAUAACUAUAUGGGCUCAGUGCUUCUAAAUUGUCAUGGAGACGUCAUAAUGACUCAUUUAUACCAGUAAUCUGAUUAUAGCUAGUUUUAUGGUUUUCCUGCAAAGUGUGGGUAAAGAUUAAUUCCUAUAACAGAUCUCAAGGGUCUGACAACCUAUUUAUAAGUGUCAGAUGAAGUCAGUGUAGGUGUUUGAAGAAAAUGUUCCCAAGUAAACUCUAUUUUUAAAGUGUUAUGGCAUAACAUAGCAUAAAAUACUUUAUACUUUAUGUACAUUUGAAAA